GGUUGUUUAUAAUGCAGAUAAAAUCGGUGAACACUAUUUCAAUCUCAAAUGUGCCAUAGAGAAGAUGAAAUCGCCGUUGAACAUCAACGUUACCGCUAAAUGUUUGGAAGUCAUAGCAUCGGUUACUUACAUCAAUAAAGAAGGAUAUGAAGUAGUCUUGGACGCGAAAAACGAGAAUCGUAUCGAUCUUGGAAAAAUUGGCAUCAGGACCAAACGCGAAUUGAAAUUUCAAAUCUCAAAUGCGGGACAGACAGGAUUUUUCUACAUUUGGAACUUCAAUGGCAAAUCUAUUGAAUAUGCUUUGGAGAUUUCUUCAGCAAAGUUAAAGGAUUUCGUGAGGAGCGGUGACUGUUCCAGGAGUGAUUUAGCCUUUGUAGCUCAGAGGAAAUGUAGUGUAAAGGAUUUCAAGAUGAAAUUAGAAAUAUCUUAUGGACCAACGUAUAUCAUAAAACUCAACGCAUUUGCUGCUGAAACAAUGUGUAAAUUUUCAUUCAUAAGUCAUAACUUUGGUAAUUGUCUGGUCCAGAAAGAAUCAUCGAAAUACCAUAAGGCAAUUUUAGAAUUGAAGAACUGUGAAAACAAAACCAUUGUAGUGGAAAAUUAUUAUGAAAAUUCCGAGGACUUGACGGUUGAUUUUAAGUCAGGAAAGAUGACGCCAAAUUCCCGUCUGACCAUUCCGAUAUACUUUCAUCCUAGAAAAGUUGGAAAAUUCGAAUUAUCCGUGCCCAUACUCGUAGAUUCUUCAAGGCGAACAGUAAAAAUAACCGGAGAAGCAGUGAAGCUGAACAUACAACUCGUCAACCCGAACGAUAAAUUCAUCAAUUUCGACUCCGUAAAACUCGGUCAAACUAAAAAAUACCGUCUUCAAAUCAUCAACAAAACACCUACCGAAGUAAACGUCAACUUAAGUGUACUCGAGGAACAUCCAAUCAGGAGGCAACAUGAAAAAAUAGAACCCGAAAUUAGGGUUCCAGAAUUACCACCAAAUCCAAAAGAGUUAUCUGUGAAACACAAAAAGGAGGCCAGCUCUGUGAUGGUUUCAGAUAAAAGGAGUACGACUCCGAUAACUAAAAGUGAGGAUACGAUCAAGAAAGAAGAGAGGAGAAAAUUCAAGGAAAGUUCUGUUCAUAGAGAGAUCACGGUUGAAAAUUUGAUAGUGAACAAAGCUAAAAAGUAUUUGCUGAUUAAUCCCAACAACUGCGUUCAGCUUGGUUUUCACCAGAAAUAUGAAUUCAUUGUGGAAUUCAAACCUACCGAACGUAUCGAGAUGUCAGAGAAGAUAUACUACAACGUUCAAGAUCACUCAGAACCCCUAUGCAUAGUAAAAGGUUCUUGUAUAGCACCUGAAUUUUCACUAGAUAAACAGAUAUUGACAUUUUCUAACGUCGUGAUUGGCUGCAAACGUGUUCUGAACGUAUUAUUGAAAAAUACAGGCGACACGAGAGGAAGAUUCAAAUGGUCAUUUGAGGAAUCUUCAGGUGAUUUCAAAUUAUACCCAACCGAAGGAUUCAUUACUCCGAAAUCAGAAAUGAAAAUCUGGAUUAGCUUCGAACCUAAAGCCGCCCUAUGCCAAAUUUUCAAAAAAGUCAAAUGUGUUGUGAACGGAUCUAUACAUUUGCAUUUACAAUUAGUAGGCAGUGCUGCAGACUUGCCUCAGCCUGUGAGUACAGUGGAAUUCACCUGCCCUGUAAGAACAACUACUUCAGGACAAAUUAUAAUAAUAAAUAGCACGAAUAACCUAUGGUCAUUGACACCUGCUGUUCCAAAUAAAUCAUUUGUGGUUCCUACUGAAAUAAUUGUUCAACCUGAAUCUUGUUCCAUUGUUGUAAUACAGUACAAGCCCAAACAGAUGUUCGGAAUCCAACCAGAUGAGGCUACCUUGUUUUUACCUCUCCCUGACGGUCAAGCCAUCAUUUACAAUUUAGUCGGGAAAGCAUUACCUCCACUACCUAUAACCAAAAUGGAGAUUGAAGUCAAAUGUAAACAAAACCACACCGAAAACCUCGCGGUCGAAAAUUGGUUGGACGUGAAACAGUGUUUCGAAGUGAAGACGGAACUUAUGAGCGCGCCGACGACGAAGACCCUGUAUAAAACCUUCGGUCAUAGUCUGAUCGAGAUGCCUCCCAACGCAUCGAGGAAUUACAAGUGGAAUAUUUACGUCAUAAAUGAAGAACAACUGGAGUUCCAGGUUGUUUUUACGAAUAUUGAGACGCGAGAGUAUAUGUUCUAUGAAAUAUCCGUCAAAGUAUUACCAAGUGGGCCCCUAGAGACGAUCAGUUUAAACAGUCGGGUGAGAGAAGAGGCAAGAACCACCAUUAAAUUGAAAAACCCCAUUAAUAUACCUGUUACGUUCAGUAUAGCUGCUGGUUUAUCAGAGUUACAGUAUGAAAAAAUAGUACGAGUUGAGCCGUAUACUACUCACGAUCUAGUUGUUACCUAUUGUCCACUGACAUCUGGAGAAGUUUAUACGAAUAUCGAAGCAAAAUGCGAAGAAUUGGGGGUAUUCACGUACGUUUUGUAUUUGACUGGAACUCCACCACCUCUGGAAAAAGUCAUCAGAUUCAGAGCAGAACUCGGUGAUAGAGGAUAUAACAAUGUUUUCCUAAAAAAUACGUUCUCCUCUCCUUUCGAGUUAUCAUCGAUGUUUGAUCAUGCUGUAUUCUCAACUGAAAAAUCUCCAUCGUUUUCGGUGGGAGAAACUGAAAAACUCACUAUUAAAUUUGAACCAAACGAGCUGGGUAUUGUGGAAAGUAAAGCAGUAUUCAAUUCAUCAAUUACCGGAGAAUAUAUAUAUCCUCUGAUUGGCGAAUGUGUACUCCCCACUCCAAAAGGACCUUUUUCAGUGAAACCUGGAGGAAUAGCUCAAAUACCAUUUUUCAACCCAUUUACCGAUCAAAAGAAGUUCGAAUUUUCGAUUGAUUCCACUUCGUUUGUACUGAAAUCAACUUCAGAUGUCAUCAAAGCUAGGAAAUAUUCAAAAAUCAUCGUCAGCUUACCAUCGACAAAGCAACUUGAAGGUUACUCAAAAUGUCCGAUUACGGGCAGAUUGGUAGUGACAUGUGAAGAUGAAGAUUUGAAGUUCAUUAAAUGGAUAUUUUAUAUUCAGAGCGACCGAUAAUUGUAGAUAUUAGCGUAAAUAAAGGCUCGUAAAUUUGA